ACUGCUAAUCUCAGCAUGAAGGAAAAGUGGGACAGUAAAGACACUGACAACCAACAGGCUGCUCAAGUGUCACACAUACAACAGGAGGAAAACAUUGAGAAUCUAGAAGUUGAGUGUUUUAACAAAGACCGGAAAAGACAAAUUACAGAUAUUGAAGUGGAGAAUAUAGAAAUCCCAGAGCAGGAGACCUUGGAUGAAGGAGAGAGGCAGAUUUCAUCAUGCACUGAGACAGCCAGGGACGGGGAAGCUCGGCUAGACUCCACAGAGACAGAGGAGAAUCAAAAUUUUAACAGAUGGCCUCAGAAUCACCUCUGCAAGAUCCAAAAGGAGGAGCAGACAUCAGCUGAACAUGGUGACAAAGAAAUGGGCUCUGAUUUAGAAAACUGCAUCAGUCACACAAAUGAUGCAAAUAUAUCCAUUUGCAUCACCGAAGCUCCUCAUGUGAACUUUUCAGACCUGGAAAAUGUCGAAUCAGGCUUAGAUUCAGAGGCUGAAAGGAGGCCGUGGCUUUCUGGGCAAUACAUAGAAGAAAGCAUUAGCAUUAUGAACGUAGAGGAAGAUUACAGAGACAUGUCUCUUCCAUCAAAUCCAAUCUCUUGUCCCAGUGACCUUGAUAUACAGGAGGAAAUAGAUCCACAGGUAGACAAUUUCAGCUCAGUAGAUUUUCCAAGUCCUCCACCGAGCAUAGACCUUGAUCUGCAAGAUGAUAAACUGGAGAGUUUAGACGACUCUUUUCCUAGUCCGCCGCUAUCUGUUAUUGAGGCAGAGGAGUCAAGUCACAUUAAUCUAGAUGACUUUAUUACUAGCCCUGAGACGGAGCUGUAUAUUUCCUCAGCUCACAACACAGAUGUCUCAGAGCCUCCCCAGCAAGAAUCGCCACCUGCUACAACUCAGAGUAAAGGAAUCUCAGUCAAUCUGAACCUCCCCUCUGUGCAUAUAACGCUGCAUGAUGAGAGCAACCUCACGUCCAACAGUGAAAGUCAGGAUGAACAUAGUAACCUGUCCCAGAAAACAUCAUCUGCCACCCCAUCUUCACCCCAAGCUCCCCUCAACAGUCUCCCAGAAUUAUUGAUUUCUGAGUGGAAAGAUUUAGAUGAGGAGCCCCUGGAGGAUUUUGAAAAACUGGAGCAACUGUGCUGCAUAUCUGGAGAUGAGGAGGACACUCUGGGUGAGCUUUUCUUGGGGAACCUAGACCUCCUGGAGUCUUUGAAGAAAACACCUGAUCAGAGAGGUAGCAGCGCCGGUGAGGGUGAUACCGGUAGGGAGGUAUGUGGCUCCUGUACUCCUGAGGGGAGCAGGGUGGAUGUGAAGGAGGACGGGAUCUCUGAUAACUCUGAUAAACUAGGGGAGUCUGCACCACCCAUGAUCCUGGAUUCCCAAGAAAGACUGUCACCUCAAGAGGAGAGGUAUAAUAUACUGAGGUCAUCAGGCCAAACAUGUGAUGUCAAAGACCAGGGAUCUCUCUCGAAGAUGACAACGAAGAAUGGCCUCAUGAUGCAGGUGUGUGAGGAGAGGCUGCAGUUCUCUCUCAGUGAAAAUGUGAAAACAAAUGUGCUUUGGGGAGCGACUGUUAAAGACUCCGUAAUGCUCCGGCCCUGGGGGGAACAGAUCACAGAGAGCAGUGAACUGGUCACUGUGAAAGAACAAAAAGAGGAUGAGAGCCUAGAGGAUCAGGAACUUGUCCCCAGCAUUCAGCCCCACAUCGAGACUGAUGAAACUAAAGCUGAGCCGCUCACUGUGAUUGAACAACCUGAGGUUACACCUCAGCCCACUGCAAACCAGGCCAUGAAAGCAAAACUAGCUCGUCUGUCCCUCGCCCUCCCUCCUCUUGCUCUGACUCUCCCCCUCACCCCCACCGGGAAAGGAGGAUUUGGGGAUGGUGCGAUCGGAAAUCGGAUUGGAAGGCGGCGAGGCCUGUCAUCAGGGAGCGACCCUGACGAUGAGGAGGAGGAUGAGCAGGAGGACGAAAGCUUCCGGAGGGUGAUUGUUGUCACAGAAACAGACGUGGACAAACGUGUCGGGCUGAGGAGUCUGCUGAAGUCUCCCAAGGAACCGAUGGACAGAGAAAGGGACAGAGGACGAAACGUGUCCUUUUUUGAUGAUGUCACAAUAUAUCUUUUUGAUCAGGAAACUCCAACAAAUGAGUUGAGCAAUUCAGCACCCACUAGUCCAGCCUCAGUGUCUGUCAAAAGCACCAAGUUGGAUUUGCAUGGGCCGAACAUCAAAAGCAAAGAAUCAAAAAGGAAAGAGGAUUUAUCAAUCAAACCGAGGUCGCCUGUGGGUGCCAAUCCAGUGAUGUCAUCACGCUUCACUGUCAGCCCUGCUGACGACCCCCACCUGGUGUGACGUUACGUGUCAUCAUGGGAACCUUUAGAGCUGAACCCUCUUGGACUAGUCAGUGAAUUAACCCCGACAACCAGCCAUUGACCCAAAGGCUAUUUUUUUAUUGAAUAGGCAACUGAAAGAAUGAGACUCCCGUUCUAAAAGCUGGACACAUUCCAGGUUUUACCAGCGACAGGAUUUUGUAUGACAGGAGCUGUUGUGCUCCUGCCUGCCAUUGUUUACAGAGUUUAUUCAUAGCCUUCGGCUACAAGAAGUCUUUGGAAAAGGCAGCAUAUGCUAGGAGAAGACGAGCCUGGAGCUUUGUAAAAUCUGAAACAGAUUUGACAGCUAUGCAGUGGGAGUCUUGCUGUGUACCAGCUUACCUUCUCUUUUUCUGCUUCAUUCUGUUGUAUUAUUCCCCAGAUGUGCGGGGAAUGCACUUUCUUUAGUCAUUCAUCUGUCUAUGUAAAUGCUUGGAUUCCAGUCCUCUCUUUAUUAAAGAAGUUGUCCAUUGCAGUCAGUUGUUCUUGUAGGCAGCAGUUUGGAACAGAAAUUGCUUGACUCCUGUAUUUGAGAAUACUCAUUUACAUUUGUACAAAUAUCAUAAUACAAGUGUAUACAAUAUCAUUUUAGAGCUGUUUACUUUUAGAUGUAUUCUUAGACUGCACGGAAAAUGAAACAAGCUAUGUUUCUUAAUACUUUUAGUUCUAUAAAGCUUUCUCUCACAUUAUUUAUUAUAUUUAUUUAUUUAUUUUUAUUCAUUUAUGUAAAGCCAG